AUGUACCGCUACGACAACGCCAGCAGCGCGUCCGGCAGCGACGCGACCGUCCUGGACCUCUCCGUCCACGGCGUCGCGACAGGGACCGACAAGCGGGGCCGGAGACCGGCGUCGGCGCGCACAGCGCCGCACGCGGCCACGCAGCGCAUCGUUGAAAGCGCGGCGACUCCCGCCACGCCCCUGAAGGACUGGGUGCCGAACGGGCGCGCGCCAGCGCCGCACCAUGAGCUCGCGAAGGCGACGCGGCGCCGCCCGCUGCUCUCUGCGGGCGCGGCAUCGCCCAAGGGCCGCAGGGGCCGCGCGCUCACUGCCACGCGCACCGCCUCGCAGCUCGAGGACGCUCUGCGGCUCUGGGCGGCGCACAACCGCAAACUGCACGAGCCACGGGCGAACACGCUCCUGCGCGGGCUCAUGUCGUCCGUCCCGAUCCCCAAGGACAGCACCGGCAUCCCGCAGGCAGCGGUGCGGACCAAACUGGCGAGCAUGACGAUGGAGGACGCCGCGGAGCUCCGCGAAUCCACCGUACAACAGGCGGACGGGCCCCGCUCGCUCGCGGUGGACGCGCUGUCUGCGCGCCCGUCGCGGCGCGAGAGCGAGCCGGAGAUGCCGCGCGCUGCGUCGCCGCCGGCGUUUGCCGACAUUCCGACGCGCGAGAAGCCGCGGCAGCCGCGCACGGGCUUCCUCAGCCGCGCCUCGAACGUGUGGGCGCACAGGUCGGGCGAGAAGAUCGACGGCGGCAUGACCAGCAAACACGUGGACGACGACGUCAGACGCAUCGAAUUAGACCCCUCCCUCACGGAGGCCGAGCGGUGGGGGUACAAGCGGCAGCUCCUCGUCGACCGCGCGAGCAUCAUCCGCGAGACGGGCCGGGGGAGGAGUUUUGUCCGCCUGGGGGGUAUAAACCCCGACAUGACUUUCGGGGUUGCGCCGCCCAAGGAGCUGCGGAAGGCGGUGGACGCCGGCGACGAGGCGGAGGCGGCCAAGGCGAGCCUGAGCGCGUUCGCGGGCGGCGCGCCGAAGAGCCACUUGUUUCUCCGCGGCUGUUUGAUAUCGCGGCGGCACCUCGAGCAGUCGUGGGCGCGCAUGUUGGCUGAGGAGCAGCGGUCGGGGGCGGCGCCGGGGCUGGUGGCGCCGCUGGCGCCGGAGGAGACGGCGCUGCUGCUGGAGCGCUUCGGGCGGCGGCGGGGGCCGCACGAGCAGCUGUGGGGGGACGACGGGGGGGUGUUGCGGCCGACAUCGGCGCUGGUGUCAGGGCGGGCGGGCGCGGGGGGGUACCACGGCGCCGACGCGGUCGACGUGCAGAAGCUGAUCGACGCCGUGUGCAUGGGCUUCACGCACGAACUCAAGGCCAGGACGGUCGUGCGCGCGGCGCCGUCCCCGAUGGACGAGGCGGGAGAGAAGAGAUACCUAAUGCGGUUCUGCCGAAAGGCCCUGACGCCCCCGACGGGCCUGGACGUCGCCGCGGCGUCGCGGCGGUCCGCGGAGUCCCCGUCGGCGUACCUUGAGCUCGAGCACGUGUACGGAUACGCCGGGCUGUACAACACCGACCAGAACCUGUUUUAUACCGCUGACGGCAGCAUCGCCACGUAUACAGCGGGGAUCGGGAUGGUGUGCGACCCGCUGGAGGCGGCGGAGAUGGAGGCGGACUCGGGCGGGCGCGAGUUCGUCGAGGCGCCCCCGCUGAUGCGCUUCUUCCGGGGGCACACGGACGACGUGGGGUGUGUCGCCAUGCACCCGGGGGGGCGGCUGUGCGCGACGGGGCAGUGCGCUGCGGAGCCGUCGGUGAGCAUCUGGGACUCGCAGACGUGCAAGGAACGCGGGCGGCUCCGGCUGCCGUACGGCCACCGCAGCGUCACCGCGGCGGCCUUCUCCGGUGGCAAGGGGCGCUGGCUGACGACGGUGUCCACGGACAACGAGCACACCGUCAUCGUGUGGGACUGGAAGGUCGGCCGCAGGGUCUGCCAGGGCAACGGCUACAAGGGACACCCCCCCCAGGUCCUCGGGUGCAUCUGGGACCACCACGCGGGGGAGACGGGGGACGAGCGGUUCGCGACGUUCGGUCGGAACCACCUGAAGCUCUGGUACCGCGGCGUCGACCUGAAGACGCGCAUGCCGACGUGGACGGGCCGGGGCUGCUCGUGGAACGGCGCGGAACCGCGCAUGGUCCUGAGCGCCGUGUUUUUGCCGCCAUCGCUCCACGAGGGCGCGGAGGUGCUGGUUCGCAGCUCGAGCACCCCGCAGGGGGCCGUGGGCACGGGGUGGUGCAAGCAGACGGGGGCGGAGGACCUGGACUUCGGGCUCGUCGCCACGGGGCACCCCGCGGGCGAGGUGAUGUUUUGGCGCGAGUGCGCGGCGGUGAUGGUGCUGCAGGUGGACGCGGCGCCGAAGAAGACGCUCCGGCCGUCCGCGAACGAGGUGGACUCCGUCUACGGGAUCCGCGGGCUGCAGGUCGCGUGCAUCGUGCCGGAAAGAACACCCCCCCGGGAGGAGUAUGAGACUGAGUCGGACACGCCGGGGGCUGGCGAGAGGUCGCCGGCCGCGCCGGAGCCCGCCGCGGCCGCCGUUCCAGCGUCCGAGUCGUCCGAGCUCUCCGGGCCGCACUCGGCGUCUCUCGAGUCGUCCUUUACGGGGGGGGAGUCGUCUGGUCAGGACCAGGUCGGGCACGCGUCCUCGGACGUCGACGCGGCGCUCGAGGACGCCCUGAACGAUACCGUCGUGUCACUGGAGGACCCUAUCGAGUGCGUGAUCGAGGACGAGCUGAUACCAGCCGCGGAGCGGUCCCGCAACACGUCGUCACCAGACAGCCAGCGGGCGCCGGGUGGGCGCGGGCUGUACAUGGGGGCGCGCGGCGGGGACGAAUUCGGCGAGUUCUUCGCGGACGACGCGUCCGGAGAGGAUGUGGGUGAGCGCGGCGACGGAAGUCGUGGUUUCGUGGAUGAGGAUGACGCGGUACAGAUAGGGGGCGAGCUGGACGGGAUGACGUCGAGCGGGGUGACGAGCGCGAUGCUGUCCACGAUCCGCGGCGGCAUGUUCGGCAGCGACGUCGCGGGGCCGGACGGGCCGCAGGGCCAGGAGCCUCGCGCUCAAGACCCCCCCGCGGGGUCUGACGACGACGAGGGGGUGUUGCGGCUCCGGGGCGGGAGCGGACGGUACGCCGCCGACCCAGGAUACGACACGAUGGACUCCCAGGCGCUCGCGAGCGUCCGCCAGGAAGCCGUCGUGAUGCCACGGGCCACGCCGACCAUCCCAACAGCUACGGCGCACCCUCCGGGGCGCUACGUACAGCAGGAGCCUCCGCAGCUGUCCCGGGAGCGUCCACAGACGUACCCGGACCGGUACGCCCCCCCGGAAUCCGCUCCGGGGGCGGGAGCGUCGUUCGAGACGGCACGGCACGCGCAGGGUGCGCCACAGGAGGUGCCCCGUCAGGCGGGGGGAGUCAGCGCUGGGAGGUACGCCCCGGCGUCCGCGGGGCAGCGUGGGUCGCGCGGGGGGCUUCGGGCGUGGCGGGAGUGGUUCGAGGACGAGCCGGCGGAGCCGCGGUGGGUGCUGGUGGCGGGCGGCGGGGGGGGGGUGGUGAGGAUGUUUGACCUCGGGUCGGACAUGCGGCUGCCGCACGCGGAGUGCGGGCGGAACCCCGUGGAGAUUCCGGUGCCGCGCUGGCCCGCGGGGACGGCCCGGCAGCCCAUCCGCGCGCUCGACGUCGGCGUCAAGCGCCGCUGUAUCGCCGUCGGGACGAGAGAGUGCGACGUCUGGGAGCUCCCGAUCCCCGCCGAGGUGUACGGCGAGGAGCCCGGCGUGCCCGUGCCGCGGGGGCAAGAGGGCGUCCGCGGCCCGCACUUCCCGGUGCGUCUCGUCAACGGCAGUUCGGGCGAAGUGCGGUCCGCGGCGUGGCACCCGCGCGCCAAGGGCAUCUUCGUCAUCGCGCCCGCGGCGCCGGAGGUGCUGGUGUACCACGCCGGGCGCAAGCACUCCAUCGGGCGCCCGAUCAUCGCGGCGGCAAACGUGACGGCGGUGGCGUUCUCGCAGCCCACGGGGGAGUUCCUCGCGCUCGGGACGGAGACGGGCGUGCUGCAGGUGUUCGACAGCGACAAGCAGCUCGUCGCGGAGCGACACGACACACGUCGGCCGGUGUCGUGCCUUGCGUACGCGCCCUCGGGCCGCGUGCUUGCCGCGGGGUCCCGCGACGGCUCGAUCGCGCUGUACGACGCGCGCAACCGCCACCGCCUCCUCACCGUGUGCCGCGGCCACAGCGCCGCGAUCGAGUGCAUGGACUUCUCGCGGGACUCGCGCGUUCUGCAGUCCAACUGCGCGUCCUACGAGAUUCUGCACUGGGACGUGCUGACGGGCCGGCAGCUCACGGAGGACCAGCGCGACACCGCCUGGGCCACCUGGACGUGCAAGCUCGGCUUCCCCGUCAUCGGCGUGUGGCCCGAGGACGCUGACGGCACCGACGUCAACGCCGUCGACCGAGACCCCUCGGGGGAGUACGUGGUCGCUGCGGACGACUUCGGGAACGUGCGGCUGUUCCACUACCCGUGCAUCGUCGAGGGCGCUGGCUGCGUCAAGUCCACGGGGCACUCCGCGCACGUCCUCUGCGCGCGAUUCUCCGCGUGUGGCAAGCGCGUGCUGUCCGUCGGCGGCCGCGACCGCGCGGUGUUCCAGUGGCGCCUCGUGCGCCGCGACGGCGGCGGCGCGGAGCCGGCGAUGCCGGAGCACGGCGGCGUGCAGCGCGACGGCGGCACGUCCUUCUUGCAGGCGCUGCUGCGCGGGCAGGCGGCGGGGCGCGCGACGCCGCGCACGAUCCCGCCCGUCGCGCUGACGAAGGAGCAGAUCGACCGCGCGCGGGAGGCGCGGGACGCGCGCGUCGCGGGCGCCGACCCCGACGCUCCGCCCACCGAAGAAGAUAAGCUCUUUCAGCGCAUUCAAUCGAAACAUGCAAUCGGGGUUCGAAACGAGGGGCUCGCGGACGAGGACUACGGCGAGGAGGCGGAGGGCGGGAUGGAGCAGGCGAUGCAGGGGCUGCGGGAGGCGCAGGGGUCGUGGCGCGCCGUCAGUCGCGCUGCGAAGGCUGUUGUGUCGAUGGAGGAGGAAGAAUUAGAGCGGCGGGAGGGUGCGGAGGAGCCGCGGGUGGACCGGGGGUCGGCGGCGGCGGCGCUGAUGGAGCGCGCGGGGGCGGGGGGGCGGCUGGGGACGCGGAAGUACCGUGCGAGGCGGAUGAAGGAGCUGGAGAGGCAGCUAGAUAGGGAAUUGGAGGCUGCUGGGUUGGGGAGUAAGGAGAGUAGGAGGAAGGGGAAGGCGGUGGUGAAGGAGGGGAUGGUGUGGGGGCCGCUGGUGCCGGGGGGCAAGGAGUACGGGUGGAUCCGGGAGCUGGAUUUGAACGCGGAGGAUUGA